AUGGCCACGCGGUGCACUCAAACACUGAAAUGGCUGUUGGGCCUUUCGGUGGUGGGGCUUGUAGUUUUAGGGUGUUUUGGACAAGAGCCGGGCAGGAAUCCUGGACAAAAUGUAACCAAACCACCCAACCAAAAAGCAUGCUUCCUUGUGGACCCGUUGAAACUUCCAAAACAAUUGAGAGCAAACCCAAAUAUUGCUUGCAUUCAAGAUGGCUCCAAGUCUAUUCCACCUAUUCCGGACUUAUUCUUUGAAGGCAUUAAAUAUUCGUCUAUAGAUUUUACCAAGGAUAGACAAAACUCGCCGUCAGGGUUUGCGUUCAAAAGAUUCAAGGCAUCAAGAGCAGACGGGCCAGACAAAUUGGCAUUUCUUAAAACCUCAAGACAACUUUACGACUCCGUGUGGAUGGGUUUACGGAGUGAUGACACAAGGAAACAUAAUCGAGCGAUCAGAGAAUUGGAAACAUUCAUCGCCUGGAGUCAGAUGCUCCAGCAAUAG